AUGUCUGUCCACCGAGUCUUCACGCCAUGGGCAUCGCCAGCAAGCUCCGCCUUUCGAUUCGCCUCCUCGUCCUCCUCCCUCCGACCAUGUCCUCACGCCCUCCGAACCUUCUCCUCCUCACAGUCCCUUCAAUCCUCCUCCAGGCGCAAGAUGCAGACAAGCACCGCCUACACGCCCUACUCCCUCAGCCCCCUACCCCCGCCACCACGCUAUAGCAGCAUCCCAGACACCUCGAUCGCCGGCGGCAUCCCCCAGGUCAACGAUACGAGACCGCCGAAGGAGACUACGCAACACGAAGCCUCGUUAGAGCAGCCUUCGGAAGAGAAGACCAGUAUCAGCGCCGCAGCGAACGAAGCCCAGAUUCCCCGCCCGACUGCAACGCCUUCCGAAAAGCCCCGAGCCAAACCUCGGCCCAAGCUGAGAGCGAGAAAGGCUGCGAUGAAGCUCACAGAUGGCGCUGUCAGACAGCUGAGGGAAUUGCUGAAUCAACCAGAGCCGAAACUGAUUAAGGUCGGGGUCAAAAACCGUGGGUGUAGUGGGCUGGCGUAUCACCUAGAAUAUGUGGAGAAGCCGGGAAUGUUUGACGAGGAGGUAGAGCAGGACGGGGUGAAGGUACUCAUCGACAGCAAAGCUCUGUUUAGUAUUAUCGGGAGUGAGAUGGAUUGGGUGGAAGAUAAGCUCAACCAAAGAUUUGUGUUUUCGAAUCCCAACAUCAAGGAACAAUGCGGAUGCGGCGAAUCCUUCAUGGUAUAG